AUGGCCACAACAACAGCAUCAUUCUCCAAAACCCUCCAAUCCCUAACCCAAAGCAAGAUCCACGAACUAAAAAAACAACGCAUAGCAUACGAAUCCCAGAAAUCCCAAAUCCUCGCCUCCGCAGCUCAACAAUCGGACCCCCGAGAUAGAGUAGCAUGUAUCCUGCAGGGCAUAAAAGCAAUCCGCUCUGAGAACGACAACUUGAAGGAUUCCAAAAUAGCCAAUAUCGAGCGAUGGCUGGACCAGGCGCGGUAUGACUCGUCCAUCCCGCAGGAGAAGUUGGAUUCGUUUCAGGAGCAUUUGAUUGCUACGCUGGAUGCUCAGAGUAUGAGGUUGAAUAUUGCAGAUUUGUAUUCGCGGCUUCUUACGGAGUGGAUGGAGCCUUCUUCUGUGUCCGAUCAUAUCUCUGAUGAGGAGGAAGGUUAUUUGGUAGUCGAGGAGCGGCAGAAGCAAAGGUUGCAGCAAUUGUGUGACCAGUUUGAGAAGGUGGUGUUUGAGCCAUUGGAGACUGAUGAGAAUGAGAUCCAUGGGUUUAUUGACGAUCUCUUUCCCAGCGAGGAUAGCAGGGUGGCUCUGGAUAAUCUUCGGAAGAAAGUUGCUCAUGAAUGCUCUGAGCUCUGGCACAAAACGGAUCCAUUCAACAUAUACUCCAUCCGGCCCUGUAUCCGUGGACUCCUGACAGAGGACCUUCUCAGCGAGGAAAAACAGGAGAUCCUCAAAUACUGCCUGGAUAAUACCGUCGCAUUGACUGAAAUCACGGACGUGCUGAACAUGCGAUAUGCAGACCUCAAGAACUGGGACUGGCAUGCCGAGGACGGGAUCCCGGUUUUACCUCGCCAACAAUUGAACGGCAAAUACCGGAUCUGGAUCGACGACGACGUUCUUCAGACUAUUUUCACUCAGUACAUUGCUGUCCGUCUGUGCUCAAUUGUCAAAACCAUACUGAAAGAGUUUAUCGAGAAGAAAUCGGUCUGGAAUUGGCAUCCAAGCCCGCGAAUGACGGGGCGGGACAGCCUGCGUCGACAGUACUACCUAAGCGAUUACGACAUUAAGAGUAGUAUCGAAACGAGCCGGAAGAAGGACUAUCUGGAGUCUGAUUUCCUAUUCCACAUGCCUCUGACCGAAUCAUCUUUAUCGGAACGUGGCAUGUUGUACGAUGACGAGAACAACGAGGACGGCUCAGAUAGAGGCAUCAAUGGACCGUCGAAUAUCAAGCAGCAGCUUCUACGGAAGGUCGCAUCCCAGGUCCUGCUUGAGCGACAAAUCUAUGGCCAGGCGGUGGUGGUCCAGUCCGACAUGAAAUGGUACGCCACUGCGCUGCCGCAUAGCACCAUCCUCGCCGUUAUGAAGUUCUUCGGCUUUCCGGAUGAAUGGCUCGCUUUCUUUCGAAAGUACCUCGCAGCACCACUGAACUUGGAUCAUUCUGCCGAAGGACGGAUGCAGACUGGGCCUCGUAUCCGGAGGCGAGGUGUUCCCAUUUCACACGCGAUGGAGAAGUUGACCGGAGAGCUGGUUCUCUUUCCUAUGGAUCUGGCCGUCAACCGGGAAACAGGUUUACUGCUGUACCGCAUCCACGACGACCUGUGGGUCUGCGGGAAGCCAGAGAAAUGUGCUAGAGCAUGGGAGGUCAUGCAAGAUUAUGCCAAAGUUACCGGACUAGAGUUUAACCGGGGCAAGACAGGCUCAGUAUACCUCACCGACACCCCGGACCCUCAGAUCACAGCUCGCCUUCCUACAGGCCAGGUUACAUUCGGAUUUUUAACACUCAACGCAGAGUCGGAAACAUGGGAGAUCGAUCAGUCACAAGUAGACGCACACGUUGCGCAGCUCCAGAAACAGCUCAGCAGAUGCGAUAGUGUGAUUUCCUGGGUGCGAACAUGGAACAGCUGCAUCGGACGCUUCUUCAAGAACACGUUCGGACAGCCCGCGCACUGCUUCGGGCGCGCACAUAUGGAUGCCAUUCUCUCUAUAUACGAGAAGAUGCAAAACACAUUGUUCAACGUAGAAGGGGGGCAUAGUGGUAACACGGUAACAGAGUAUCUACGAAGAAAGAUCGAAUCUCAAUUCGGAGUCUCCGAUAUCCCAGAUGCAUUCUUCUUCCUCCCCGCCGAGCUGGGCGGUUUAGGCCUGCGCAACCCCUUCAUCUCUGUUCUCCUGGUGCGGGAUUCAGUGGACCUAUCCCCGGUCGAACGUAUCGAUCGCUUCAAGAAAGGAGAGCACGGCAGGUACGCCUUCGCAAAAAAGACCUUCGAAGAAACGCCUGAGAAAACACGCCGCCGUCGCGCCGAAACCGUCAACCCCCGGCCCAAGUCAGGGGAACCCUUGGUUAUCACCGAGGCGGAGAUGCACACCUUCAUGUCUUUCGAGGAAUUCACCCGAUAUCGGGAGUCACGAAGCAACAACCUGCGAGUCUUAUACGAGGAUCUGAUGUUGGUCCCGUAUACAAAGACUAUCCAGUCAACGCGGGAGUGCCGCGAUGCUCUUAAUGCGGUCUGUGGGCAAUUCCAAUUGUCUGAUAAGAAUCCCGAAAUGAAAUGGAUAUUGCAGCUUUAUUCGGACGACGUGCUGAAACGGUUUGGGGGGAUGACUCUUGUGGAAAAGCGGUUUCUGCCUGUCGGGAUUUUGUCGAUGAUGAAGGAGAAGAGGGUGAAGUGGAAUAUGGUUUUGUAG